UUAUUUAAGCUUCAAGAUUCAUGACUGUCAUUGGGGUCUUUGCCAAGUCUCAGUUUUCAGUGCUCAGCCAUCUUGAAGGCACAAAUUCUACAGCAAAACAAAAAAGUUAUAAGAAACGUUUUCAUUCAAAAUGGAUAAAGAGGGUCAGAAACAAGGAGGAUCCCAGGGUCAGCGGCCAAGCCCACCGCCAAGACCUCCCCGUGGCAACCCAUCGCCGACUCAACCUCAUGGCAGUCCCCGUGGCGACCCACAGACGGCUCAACCCCGUACCAGUAGCAGUCCGCCGCUGACUCAGCCCCAUGGCAGUGGCAGUCCACCGCCGACUCACCCUCGUGGCAUCUCGCAAGUGACACAGCUACGUGGCAGCCCACCGCCGAGCCAACCACGUGGCAGUCAACCACCGACUCAGCCUCGUGGCAAUCCACCACUGUCUGCGCCACGUGGCAUAUCGCCAGUGGCUCAGCUACGUGGCAUGCCAGCACUGUCUCGAACACGUGGUAUCCCGCCGCCGACUAUGCCGCGUUCCCCAAGAAGCUACAUGGCCGGCGAGGGAGCAGCCACCAGGCGGGAACAGGCUCCGUCUCGUGCUGAGUUGGCCAAACGUGUGCCCGUUGCAGAGCCAGUUCAAGCAACGCCGCUACCUCGAACCUCAUUGCAGGCAGACCGCCUGGAGCCGUCGCCCCGCAUAGCGGCCACCCAGGAAAAACCGACAGUAGAAAAACGUGUGAUAUUCGGACGCAAGAAAGAUUCGACCCCAGAAAAGCCACCAACACCGAGGGGCACCACCGGCAGACGCAAGUUCCACCAAACCGAGACCACGAGGGUGAAGCAGUCGCGAAUUUACUAUUCCAGCGAUGAGGAGGUGCGCGAUGCACUCAUGGAGUUUGCAGUGUUUCUUAUUUUUCUAGUGCUAACAUCAAUUGUGGCUCUAUCGGUGCGUCAACCGUACAUGUACUACCUGAACACCACAAUAAAGCAACUUUUUAGCGUACGCGAAAUGGUUGUGGAGCCCACGGUUACCAUUUCCUUUGAGAAAAUACUCACAGUCUCGGAUUGGUGGGACUAUUUGGAGUUUAACUUUUUGGUUACCCUGCAUGGAGGCACGACAAUAUAUCUGGGUGAUGGUACGGGGGCAAAGCCCAACACAACAAUUGAUUACGAUGGUGAAGAAGAUACAAACACAACUGCGGAAGCCGAUGAGAGCCCGCCGGCGGACGAGGACGAGGAACCGCAGAGAUUUCGCGUGGCAGAAGACCGUGUGUACUUGGAGGAAGUUGGUUAUGAGGAGAACGACGAAGAGGAGGGGCAGGAGGCAUGGGGAGGUCGUAGGAUUCGAAGAAUUGAUGAUGGCCAAAACGAUGAGUACCGACCCAAGGAACUUCGACUCAUCGAAGAUAGUUUAUACAUGGAGGAUGAUGGUUAUGUGGAGAAUGAUGAUGAAGAGGAUGAUGAUCAGGAGACAGGUGGCAGAAGUGCUCGAGCAAUCGCUGGCGAACCCAGCGAUGGGGAAUCCGAUCAGGAUAAUUCCGAUGCAGAAGUGGACACAAAGAAAGGUGGCGGUGGCGGUGGCGGUGGAGGCGGUGGUACCGGCGGUGCUGCUGGCAGUUUCGAUGCUAUGGGCCUCGGCAAUGACACCUCCAAGUGGGUGACCCAUCUCAAGGGUCGCGUCUUCCUGCACGAGAAUCUCAUGCUCGGUCCACCACGCAUCCGUCAGAUACGCGUACGCCGCGGUAGCUGCUACGUGAAUGACGCCUUUAUACGCUACUUCAACACGUGUUAUGCACCGUACUCCAAGUCCACGGAGGAGACGGGCGGCACACACAAGAGCACCGCCUACAUGACAAUGAGCCAAUUGGAUGCCACACCCAUUUGGACGCUGCUCAAUUUGUACCGCUCUGGUGGCUACACCGCGGAAUUGACCUACGAAAAGGAAGCGAAUAUGAAGAAGAUCAAGGAUCUAAAGAACCUCAAUUGGGUGGAUCGCGGUGCGCGGCUGUGUGUGAUCGAGUUUAAUAUGUAUAAUGAGAAUACGGAUAUAUUUCAGAGUGCCAAAUUUAUCGCUGAAAUACCCCCAACGGGCUGUAUUAUACCUCAAACCCAUCUGUGCACUGUUCGUGAGUAUUCCUUCUUCACGGAGCAAAGUCUCUUCAAAAUGGUUUGCUCUAUCUUCUGGUAUGUAAUGGUCGUCUACUACACCAUCUUUGAGACGAAGGAAUUGCGCAAAACGGGCUUCAAAAUCUACUACAGAUCAUUGCUGAACGUACUCGAUGGCAUUGUCUUGUUGUUUUGCUAUCUAGCCUUUGGCUACAACAUUUGGCACACAUUUCAUGUGCAAGCUUUGACCGCCGGUAAUCGCAUAAAUGAGGGUUUUCUCAGCAUUGACAUCCUUUGCUUUUGGAACAACAUUUAUGUGGACAUGAUGGCCUUGUUGGCCUUUCUGGUGUGGAUCAAGAUCUUCAAGUUUAUUAGCUUUAACAAGACUCUCGUGCAGUUUACAACAACGCUGAGAAGGUGCUACAAAGACCUGGCAGGCUUUAGUCUCAUGUUUGGUAUUGUUUUUCUGGCCUAUGCGCAGUUGGGUCUCCUUCUUUUUGGCACUAAACAUCCCGAUUUUGAUACCUUUACCACCUCCAUUUUGACCAUGGUGCGCAUGAUCCUCGGUGACUUUCAGUACAAGCUCAUUGAGCAGGCAAAUCGUGUGCUGGGACCCAUCUACUUUCUCACAUACAUUCUGUUGAUGUUCUUCAUUUUGUUGAACAUGUUUCUGGCCAUCAUAAUGGAGACCUACAACUCGGUAAAAGGUGAAAUUACCACGGGUCGCAGUCAUUUGGGUUCGUAUGUUUAUAGGAAAUUGAGUUUGGCCUUUAACUGGAUCUUCUACUGUUGUCUGAGGCGUCGUGCCCAGCGUCGCGAAAUUGAGGCUGCCUUGGCCGCAGAAGAGGAGGAUCAAAAGCGACCGCCGACCCAUGGUUCAAAACACUUUGAAGAUGCUCAACCAGACAUAGAAGAAAAGGAGCUAUUUCGGCUAAAAAAUCGUGUAGUGCGGUUGGAGGAUAUUCUUGAGCAGCUCGUCAAUCACUUGGAUAUUGUUAAAAAACACGUAGAUAAGGGACACUUUAAAAAGAAGAAGAAGGCAACGCAUACAAAUUAAAUAUUAGCC